ACUACGUUAUAACUUGUAAAACCUUAAUACUAACCGCUCAAGGCGUGAUCUCUAGUACUUACAGUCGACUGACACUCUUCCGUCUGUGCAAGAGCCUUCUGCUAUUGCGUAAUUUUUUUAUCACAUUUCUAUUCCCUAUUUCUUCGAGAAAUUCUCUUUAAAAUCUUGUGAAUGUAACACCUGUUGUAAAAAUUGAAGAGUGUGCGGUAACGUAUCAUUUUUUAUUUCUUUGUAUCGUUUUCCGCAUGUACAGACAGGGUUUUUAAUUUAAAUACAUUUAUAAAGAGUAAGGAGUUCAUCGACGGCGCGGCUCAUUAACAUUGCAUGUUCUUCUUUACGAAAAAAUAAGAGGGUGUGUGUUCCGUAAUAACGUCAGCCCUACUAUCCCACGAUACGACUAGCAUGAUAAUAGGCUGAGGUAAUAAAAGAGGGAAUAACUCGAUUAAAGAUUGUGUCACAAUUGCCAUGGCCAAUGCUUGUUAAUACGUAUCUCCUACAUGUAUCAUUGCAGCGAUACCACAAAUCUAUUUAAUACGGUAUAACCACUGAAGUAGCGAUCGUUGCAUGAUGACGCUGAAAAACGUGAAAAGUAAGAGAGAUUAAUUUUUUUCGAUAGGAUUGGUGAGGAUACUUAUGAAGCUUGUCGGCUUCUGGCCUGCCAAGUCAAAAACUAAGAAAGGAGGGUUAAACGGAUUCGUUGGUUGUACAAUAUCGGCGCCUAUCCUAGCUACAUGGACGCAAAUAAGCAACUUUUACUACAGUAAACACGAUUUUUUUGUAAGUUUUAAAUGUAAGUUUGUAAUAAUAAACGUCGGAAAACUACUGAUUACCGGAUAGUGUCACUUGUAGUGUAAUAACAAGCUUAACAGUUAUUUCAUAAUUUAAAAUUAUUAUAUGUAAAUGUUAUGAGUUUUUCGUACAUAGUUAAUAUAAAUUUAUUUACUUUAUGUAGUCUUAGUGUUAUUAGCUCAGAAAAAUUCUCAGAAAAUUUGAGACAAAGAAACGGCUCUCUUUGAGAUUUUUUGGUUGUAUAUUUUUUUUAAGAUAAAGUCACCUUAUUAUCCUCAACAAUAGUUUUAAGAUUUUUUUGACAUUUAAGAGCUGUAAUAAGUAAAUAAUUCAUCAAUGAAGUCUACUGCCAUUAUCAUAGUUGCAUUUUUCUGUAUUUUUUGAAAAAAAAAAUAGAAUUCUUUCCACAAUGUUAUUUUUCUGGAAAAUUAAGAACCAAGUAAGACAAUUUUCAUUAAAAGCAAAAUAUUAGUAAUAAAAUUAAAUUGAUAUUUUAGGCUAUCAUAAGCAUUGGUUGCAUUUCAAUGCCACUAGUUAUAAUUGUGAUGAAAACAUUCUUCUUCUUUUAUCAGCGAAAAGAACUAUUAAACAUGUUGAAAUAUGCAGAGGAUAAAUUUUGGUAUGCCCAGUACGAUGCGCAUGGUAGCAAGCUUAUUAAAGAGAUCAAUAAAAGGGCAUUGAUACUAACAUGGACAUUUAAGUUGGGCGUUCAAGCAACUUGUAUCAGCUAUGUUCUGAUUCCUUUAAUCGGUAUCCUGAAUCUAAAUUUACAUCUACAAGUUACGCGUAGUUGUGCCGAAGAACAAGACGAGCGUAAAUGUAGCUUAUCUGCGUCAUUCGCUGACUUUUUCUAUCGUAUUUGCAGCUUUAUUGAAAAAGGCCGGAAGUGUGACUUUCCUCAGACGACUGAACUACAUUACCCGUACAAACGCCGCUUUCGUUUAACUGUUCGUGAUCAUGCUGACGGCGAUUUAAUGGACGGGAAUCGCGCAAUCGAAGACGUGGCGUACAGUGGCAAUUGGCAGAUUUUAUCUCACAAAGGCAGGAAAGUCAGGAAAGUCAUUCUGUUCAUCAUGAUGCGAUCUGGACGUGUCUGUUCCAUAUUCGCUGGCGGUUUCUUUCCGGUAUCUCUCGAGACGUUCGUGAUGGUGGUGAGUAUCGCGGCGUCAUACUUCACCUUGCUUCACCACUUCGCGGAGUGAGCGCUCAACCAGAGAAUUUAAAAUUGUGUAAGAUAUAAAUUGAGCUAGAAACUUAGAAAUAUUUUUAGAAUAAUAAAAAGUGUCUAUUAGUUUUUAAAAAAUUGAGAAUCUCUAAUCGUUCCAUGUAAUCUUACAUAUUUUAAAUAUAUGAUGGUAUGUUUAUAUUAUACAUGAAAUAUAUACAGGGUGAUUAUUAAUGAAUGUUCCCACUUUUUGCCAUAGGAGCGCACGCAUUUGUAAUUUCUAAUAUAAUAAUAUGUUAGAAAUACGUAUCCGGUAAAUCAUGCUCCUAUGUUAAAAAGUAGGGACAUUCAUUAAUAAUCACUCUGUAUAUAUGUACUAUUUUAAUAUUCCACAGAAUAUCAAAAAUUGUUCGAGUAUACUUUUAACAAUGUUAAAAAUUAGUGCAAAUAAAAUUGACAAUUCUUCUAGUAAAAA